UUCCCUCAUAUAAAACUCCACCAUGUCUCUUGUUUUCAAUUAAUGAAAAUUCAACAUAACAAUAACAAUCUCUCUCUCUCUCUCUCUCUCUCUCUCUCUCUCUCUCUCUCUCUCUAAUAUUCUUCCCUUAUGGGUUCUUCUAUAACACACUUACCAAACAAAAUUAGCAUGAAUCACAUUACAUUCUCACAAACCUUUCAAACAACUCAUCCCUUUGGUCAAGUUUCAUUACCAAAGAAUAACUUGUCUCCUUCUUUGAAGUCAUCAAUUGUUGCAUCAAAUUCAGCUUUACUAGAAAUCACCCUUCCUACCAACACCAAUACUUACACUAAUACUAUUAGCACCCCCACUAUUUCUAAACAAACACACAAAAUCACACAUAAAUUUUUUACUACUACUACUAGUACUAAUAUUGCUACAAAAAAUCUAGCAAAUAUUUGGAGAGAGAUUCAAGGGUGCAAUAACUGGGAAAAUCUUUUAGACCCAUUACACCCUAUUCUUCGCGAAGAGAUAAUUCGCUAUGGAGAGUUUGUUACAUCUUCUUACAAAGCUUUUGAUCUUGAUCAAAACUCGAAACGAUACUUGUAUUGUAAGUAUGGUAAGAAGAGUAUGUUGAAAGAAGUUGGAAUGGAAAAUUGUGGCUAUGAAGUCACAAAAUAUAUCUAUGCAACACCACCAAACAUCAUAGAAAACAAUUCAUCUGGUCGAUGGAUUGGUUACGUAGCAGUUUCUUCUGACGAUUCUUACAAAAAACUCGGUAGGAGAGAUAUAGUUGUAACUUUCCGCGGAACGGUUACAAAUCAAGAAUGGAUUUCAAAUCUCAUGAGUUCAUUAACACCGGCUUCACUUGAUCCAAGUAAUCAACUUCCAAACGUGAAAGUCGAAUCCGGAUUUCUCUCUUUGUAUACUUCGGAUGAAAGUUCUUCAAAAUUUGGACUUCAAAGUUGUAGAGAACAACUUCUUAGUGAAGUAUCAAGGUUGAUGAACAAACAUAAAGGUGAGAAGAAUGUUAGUAUAUCCUUAGCUGGUCAUAGCAUGGGAAGUGCUUUAGCUAUUUUACUUGCUUAUGAUAUUUCAGAACUAGGUUUAAACAAAAAAAAUAAUAAAAAUCAUGCUAGUGUUACUGUUUUUUCAUUUGGAGGACCAAGAGUUGGUAACUUAGAGUUUAAAAAAAGAUGUGAAGAGUUAGGAGUGAAAGUGUUGAGAAUAUCAAAUUGUAAUGAUCCAAUAACUAAAUUACCAGGUGUUGUGUUCAAUGAAAAUUUUAGGGUUUUGAUAGGUGGGAGAUAUGAGUUUCCUUGGAGUUGUUCUUGUUAUGCACAUGUUGGUGUUGAACUUAUGCUUGAUUUUUUCAAUGUUCAAAACCCUUCUUGUGUUCAUGAUUUGGAUACUUAUAUUGGUCUUCUUAGAUGCCCUAAAAAAAAGAUUGAAGAAGUGAUUCAUGGUAAUGAUGGUGCAGUCAACAAUUUGUUAGAGAAGGCAAAGAUGUUUCUAUUGAACUCAUCAAUAUCACAAAUGUUUGAAGAAGCUAGAAGAACAAACCACUAUGAUUUUCUUAGUUCAGUUUCAACGGAUUUAUUGUGUUCUUUGAGUGAGGAGACCACUAUGAUUUUUGGUCUUGUUCUUUUCUUGUGGUAAUUUGUAUAACUUGUAAUUAAUUAAGUAGUAGUUAAUCUAGAGCUAGAGUUAAUUAAGCAAAAGUGCUAGGAUGAGAUGAUUUAUUUAGGUCUCUUCUAGCUUAAUUAGGAGGUUUAGAUUCAGAUCAUGCCUGUAAAUUAAAAUUAUAGCAAUAACAUCAAAAAUGAUGAGAAGAAUUUUGUUAUCCAUUAUAUACUUUCUUUUUUUUAAUUAAUGGAAAUCCAUUAUAUUUCUAUAUAGAGCGUUAUGUGCACUAAGGUCUGAAUCGGCUGAACAUCUAUUCGCGUUCGUUUCUUGUAGUCAAACUUCACUAAUCUGAUAUCUAUAUGGUAUUUUCAGAUGGUUGGGUUUUGAGUUGGCGUCGAUCCUCAUGGUAUUUUUCAAGCAUGAGUGUGAGUAGGAAAAGUAGAUUGAAGUGGUUGUUAAUUUG